CCCCCCUUCAGAGGCCAUUUUCUCUCCUUUUUCCUCUCGACUUCUCAUCUUCCCCUCGAUUUCGAGGGUUUUUUUUUUCUUUUUUUCUUUUUUCAAUUAUUAUCCUUUUUUUUCUUUCUUCAUUUUUCUUCUCAAUUUACAAAACCCUAAUCUUCCAGAAACUCUUAUCUCUGCUAUUCGAUCGAAGAAAAACAAAAACCCUAGAUGAUGAAUCAACAGCAGCAGCAGAGGCUGAAGCAGCAAGCUUUGAUUCAGCAGGGCCUUAUGCAGCAGCAGUACAAUCACCCCCUUUUGGCUGCUCCUCAGAUAGAGCCGAUGUUCCCAAGUGGAAAUCUGCCUCCGGGCUUUGAUUCAAGUUCAUGCCGCAGUGUGUAUGUCGGUAACAUUCAUCUCCAAGUCACUGAAUCUCUUCUUCAAGAGGUCUUCCAAAGUUGUGGUGUCCUGGAAGGAUGUAAGCUGAUCAAGAAAGAUAAGUCAUCCUAUGGAUUUGUUGACUACUAUGAUCGUAGAUCAGCUGCACUUGCUAUUAUGACACUUAACGGGAGGCACUUGUUUGGCCAGCCUAUCAAGGUGAAUUGGGCAUAUACCAGUAACCAGAGGGAGGAUACAUCAGGGCACUUCAACAUAUUUGUUGGUGACCUUAGCCCCGAGAUCACGGACAAUACUCUAUUUGCUUGCUUUUCUGUAUUUCCCAGCUGCUCAGAUGCAAGGGUCAUGUGGGAUCAAAAAACCGGACGCUCUAGAGGGUUUGGUUUUGUUUCUUUCCGGAAUCAACAGGAUGCACAAAGUGCCAUCAAUGACUUAAAUGGCAAGUGGCUUGGGAAUCGACAGAUUCGCUGCAACUGGGCGGCAAAAGGUGCAGGCAAUGAGGACAAACAAAACUCGGAUGCAAAGAGUGUGGCAGAUGUGGCAACUGGUUCCACAGAUGAUGGUCAAGAGGCAGUGAAUGAUGAUGCUCCAGAGAAUAACCCACAAUAUACUACUGUCUAUGUUGGUAACCUUUCUCCUGAGGUUACACAAGUGGAUCUGCACCGUUUCUUUUAUUUGCUUGGUGCUGGACAACUCGAGGAGGUCAGAGUACAGCGGGAUAAAGGAUUUGGGUUUGUAAGAUAUAGUAAUCAUUCUGAAGCUUCACUGGCUAUUCAGAUGGGAAAUGCAAAGCUUCUUGGCGGGAAGCCAAUCAGGUGUUCAUGGGGAAGCAAGCCAACUCCACCAGGGACAGCUUCAACCCCUCUUCCACCUCCAGCACCUGCUCCAUUCUCCGCACUCUCUGCAACUGAUCUCCUCGCUUACGAACGUUCUGUUGCCUUGAGCAAGAUGACAGCAGCCAACCAAGCCCUUCUUCAAGCUCAAGUCCCGAAUGCUUUCAAGCAAGCUGCUGCCAUGGGACUCAGCGCUGGAGCUAGCCAAGCCAUCUAUGAUGGUGGAUUUCAAAAUGCACAGCAGCUUAUGUAUUUCCAGUGAUAUGAUAUUGGAGGCUGUCUCCUUUCUUUGAUUAUUAUAUGCUUUUUUAAAAAGAUUUUAUUCGCGUUCCUACAAUUAUAUAUGUUUUGUUAUCUAUUUGAUGCUCUACCCCGGUUAGGAUUUGUUUGUAAUAGAUCUGGAAAUUGUACGGAUAUAUGUAACUGUGCGAGUUAUAUCUAGAUGAUGUAUUAUGUGUGUGGAGUGGGGUGGGGGCUUAGCAUGGCUUUUCGUUUUA